AUGAAACCAGAACAGAUCUUACAGCGACUGUAUUACGAUCCCAAGACAGGUUAUGGGGGAGUCCAGGCGUUGUAUCGUCAAGUGCGUCAAUUAGGACACAAGAUUACCCUGUCUCAAAUUCGAGAAUGGGUGAAAGCUCAAUAUACCUAUACCUUGCAUAAACCGAUACGGAGGAAAUUCAAGCGACGACAAACACGAGUGACGGAUAUGGAUGAACAAUGGCAAUUAGAUUUAGCCGAUGUCUCCAGCUUGAAACAAGACAAUAAUGGUAUCUGGCGAGCUCCUGCUGAAGUCAAUGCCAAGAAUGUCUUGACCGUAUGGAAAACCUUGUAUGGAAAACAGAGUGCCGAUACCACGAGUCGCUUGCAAGUGGGGGAUCGUGUACGCAUUAGUAAAGCCAAACGUACGUUUGAAAAAGGAUAUUUACCGAAUUGGACCAAAGAACUGUUUACCAUCUCUAGAAAAGUGCCAGGACGAAACGUCUAUCGCAUUCAAGAUGAUCACGGGGAAGAAUUAGAAGGAACCUUUUACGAGAAGGAAUUACAACAAGUGAUUAAAGACGAUGAUGUCUAUGAAGUGGAAGAAAUCUUAGGGUAUAAAAAGCGGCGUGUGGGAAAAAAAGUCAUUUCAGAAGUCAAAGUGCGUUGGAAAGGAUAUCCUCCCAGUUUUGAUUCAUGGAUUCCGCAAGCGGAUCUCAUUCUGCCAUGA